AUGCUAAAUUUAAUUCCAUCUCAGGAAUAUAAACCCUAUAAAAAUACAUCAAGUAAUGCUUAAUCAGCUGUUUGCAUACUUUUAAGAGGACUAUUCAAACCUAAAUAAGGAUUUACUUAACUUGAUAUCAAUAAUCCUUAAUCCACUAAAUUUCAAGAUUAACAAGAUAUUUAAAUUCUCUAUAUCUAAAGAUAAAAUUCAAAACAAGAUUAAUAUAGUGGUGAAAUUGCUUUUCCUGGAGGUAAAUGUGAUGGAGAUGAAACUGAUUUAUAAGCUGCAAUAAGAGAAGUACAUGAAGAAGUGGGAAUAAAUUUAAAUGAAUUAGAAUGCUAUUAUGUAUGUCGACUCUCUAAGAAUGCUUUUAUGAAGAAGACCAGAAAUAAUAAAUACUUAUAUUGCAGUGCUUUUAUAAUAGCUAUAAAUGAUCCUGAGAGAAGGACUGAUAAGAUGAGAUUGUCAUAAAAUGAAGUAUAAGAGGCAAAAUGGAUAGAGCUUAGUUAUUUUGAUAAUCCAAUUAAGAAAACAAAAAAGAGUCAGCAUUAUUUUGGACCUAGAUCAAUAGCAAAAUAUUUUAAGCAGGCAGAGACAGCUGCAUUAGAUAUUGGAUUUGAUGAAGUAUUGUAUGGAUUUACAUUUUUUGUGACUAUGGCAUUUUUGUAUUAAAUAUAAAAACAUUAGAAGGUAUGGGAACAUGCUCAUUUUGCAAAGUUUACUUUUACAGGACCAUUAAAGUAUGCUUUAGAAUAUGGAGCAAUGAUAGCAUAUAAGAAAGAGAGAAUUGGUUUAUUUGAGAGAUGGGAAUGGCCAAUUUAUACAUACUUAAUACCAUUACUAAUAUUGAUAUUAUUGAUUUGA